CCAAGGUCAACAAAGUUCAAAUCACAAUCGAGAGACACACGCAUAUCACGUGGCGUCAUUGCUUUCAAGUGGUAUAAAAUCUCAGCUCACGUUUCAAACUCUUAGUUACGCACGGUUUAAUAAGAGAGUACAGAGUUCGUUACCAAUAGCAGGAAAAACAAGUUUCUGAAUAUCACUAUCAAGUAUUAAUAUGAAAUAAUUUAACACGAUGCAGUCAAUAAUUAAAGUUUCUACCUGUUCCCGACUUUUACACGCUCAAAAAUAUACGAUUAAGUAUGCACGAACCUUAGUUACAAACAGUGUUAGUUUAUCCAAUUUCGAAAAAUUAUUUCCAAAAAGAGAAGAAUUCCAAACAAGGCACAUUGGACCGAGGGAACAUGAACAAUUUGAAAUGCUCCAGACUAUUGGAUUUAAGAGUUUGGAUGAGCUGACACGAUCUGCUGUACCAGAAAAAAUUUGCUUGAACAAGCCUUUAGAAAUAGAGGAGCCAGUCAAUGAGUAUGAACUAAUUAAAAGAAUUCGAGAGGUCUCAGAAAAGAAUGAACUUUGGCGUAGCUAUAUCGGUAUGGGCUAUCAUAACUGUAGCGUCCCACAUACAAUAUUGAGAAACAUAUUUGAGAAUCCAGGAUGGACGACACAGUAUACACCCUACCAACCAGAAAUUUCUCAGGGGCGAUUGGAGGGGCUUUUAAAUUACCAAACUAUGAUUUGUGAGCUAACAGGGAUGGAAGUAGCAAACGCUUCUCUUCUGGAUGAGGGUACUGCUGCUGCAGAAGCGAUGGCGCUUGCUUACAGGCAUACUAGAAAAAAAAAAAUGUUUUUGUCUGAUAAACUACAUCCUCAAACAAUAAAUGUUGUUGUAACAAGAGCUACAUCGCUGGGCCUGACCAUUGAAGUUGGAGAUGUAUUUAAAGUUGACUUGGCAAAAAAAGAUAUCGCUGGAAUUCUUGUACAGUAUCCAGAUACAACAGGGCUAAUACAAGACUUCUCAAAUGUUGUUGAACAGGCCCAUGCUAAUGGAACCUUGGUGUGCGCAGCGAGCGAUUUACUUUCCUUAACAUUGAUCAGACCACCCAGCGAUUUUUCAGUUGACAUAUGUAUUGGUACAAGUCAGAGAUUUGGUGUUCCACUGGGAUACGGGGGACCACAUGCAGGGUUCUUUGCUUGCCGUCGAAGCCUAGUAAGGUUAAUGCCAGGAAGGAUGAUCGGUGUAACAAGGGAUGCCAAUGGUGUUGACGCUUAUCGUCUAGCACUUCAAACCAGAGAACAACACAUCAGAAGAGACAAGGCUACAAGUAAUAUCUGCACUGCUCAAGCUCUACUUGCCAACAUGUCUGCUAUGUAUGCAGUUUAUCAUGGACCAUCAGGACUGAGAGAUAUAGCAAGCAGAGUGCAUAAUCUAACUGCAGUUCUCGCGGGCGGAUUGAAAGCUGGAAACAACAAGGUCCAAACUGAACACUUCUUUGACACCAUCACUGUACUGCCUCGAGAUCAUCAAGAAACUGUUAGAAAAAGAGCAGCAAAAGCUGAAGUUAAUUUGAGGUAUAACGAUGAUGGUUCGAUCGGAAUAGCUUUUGACGAAACGACUACACUGAAAGACGUUGAUGAUCUUCUCAAAAUAUUUGGAUCAAAGAUAACGGCUAAAGAAGUUGUAGAGAGUGAUUCAAACGGAAUUUACAGCAUCAAUGACUCCCCAUUUAUGCGUACAACACCUUACUUAAUGCACCCAGUUUUCAACACUUAUCAUUCUGAAACUAGGAUUGUACGGUACAUGAAGUCUUUAGAAAAUAAGGACGUUUCUCUCGUGCACAGUAUGAUUCCACUGGGAUCUUGCACAAUGAAAUUAAACUCAACAACCGAAAUGAUGCCAUCCAGUUUCAAAGGUUUCACUGAUAUACAUCCUUUCGCACCAAUCGAACAGGCCAAAGGAUAUCAGCAACUCUUUACGGAACUUGAAAAGGAUCUUUGUGCCAUAACAGGCUACGAUAGGAUUAGUUUUCAACCAAACAGUGGUGCACAAGGUGAAUACGCAGGCUUGAGAGCUAUCCAGUGUUAUCACGAAUCGCGGGGUGAUGCCCACAGACAAGUCUGCCUGAUACCAGUUUCUGCCCAUGGCACAAAUCCAGCUUCAGCACAAAUGGCGGGGAUGCGAGUUGAGCCGAUUCAUGUGAGAAAAGAUGGUUCUGUCGACAUAAUUCAUUUACAAGAAAUGAUAGACAAAUACGAAGCGAAUUUAUCCUGUCUAAUGAUCACUUAUCCAUCCACUAAUGGUGUCUUCGAAGAAACCAUUGCCGAUAUUUGCGAAAUGGUUCACAACGGUGGAGGGCAGGUAUACCUUGAUGGCGCCAACAUGAAUGCACAGGUUGGACUGUGCAGACCUGGCGAUUACGGAAGUGACGUUUCGCAUUUAAAUUUACACAAAACAUUUUGCAUUCCACACGGCGGUGGAGGACCUGGUGUAGGACCAAUUGGGGUAAAAAAACACCUCGCACCAUUUCUACCUUCUCAUCCCAUUGUCAACCCACUGGCCGAUGACACGGAUGGUGGUAAACAGAGUUUAGGAACAAUUUCUGCGGCACCUUAUGGCUCGUCCGCGAUUUUACCAAUUUCAUGGGCCUACAUUAAGAUGAUGGGCCCAAGAGGCUUGCGGAAGGCAACUCAAGUAGCAAUUCUUAACGCUAAUUAUAUGAGCAAGAGAUUGGAAGGUCAUUACGUGACAUUGUACAAGGGGACCACUGGUCUUGUAGCACAUGAGUUUAUCAUUGAUGUGAGGGAUUUGAAGAAAACUGCCAAUGUCGAGGCUGUUGACAUUGCCAAGAGACUCAUGGAUUAUGGUUUUCAUGCGCCAACAAUGAGUUGGCCAGUCACUGGAACGCUGAUGAUAGAGCCAACGGAGUCGGAGGAUAAACCAGAGCUUGAUAGAUUCUGUGACGCUUUGAUUAGCAUCAGGAAUGAAAUUCGAGAAAUAGAAAAUGGUAAACUAGAUCCCCAAAUAAAUCCCUUGAAAAUGGCACCGCAUACCCAGGAGCAUGUUGUUAGCUCGGAAUGGAACAGACCGUACACGCGUGAACAAGCUGCCUUUCCUGCUCCAUUUGUCAAAGCCGAUACAAAGAUCUGGCCGAGUGUGGGUAGAAUCGAUGACAUAUACGGCGACAAAAAUCUGUUCUGCACAUGUCCACAGAUUCUGCCGAAAUAUUAGUUGCCAAUAAUUAGUGCUAUUUAUUUAUGUGUAAAUAUUUAAUGUAAGAUUAGGAAUUAAGAUUUUACUAGACAUAUCAUCUCAACUCAUAAACUUCGGUAUAGCAUAUAUUUAUUGUAUGACGUUUCAUAAGCACAAGUAUCAAACAAUUUAAUACGAUAAAAGUUAUAUUUUUCAUAAUA